AUGCGGCCGCUGCGACACCCGCGGCUCAUCGCCGCCGCCGCAACAGUGAGCGCGUACGCUCUCCUCCGCUGGCUGCGGCGCAAGCGCCUACGCCGCGCGCUCGCGCCGGCGCACCCGUCCUGGCGCGACAGCGCCCAGGCGCAGCUCAUCGGGUCGACGCCCCUGCUGCCGCUCCACUCGCUGUCGAAGCUCUGCGGCUGCACGAUCCUCGCCAAGUGCGAGCAGGCGAACCCGUCGGGCACGGGCAAGGACCGCAUCGCGCUAGCCAUGCUCGCGGAGGCCGAGGCGUCCGGCGCGCUCCCGUCGGGCGGCGGCGGCGUCGUCGUCGAGGGCUCGUCCGGGUCGACGACCAUCGGGCUCGCGCCCCUCGUCGCCGCCGCGGGCCACCGGCUCGUCGCCGUGCUGCCCGACGACUGCGCGGCGGAGAAGCGCGACGCCAUCGCCGCGUUCCCGGGGAUCACGGUCGAGGUCGUCCGCGCGGCGUCGAUCGCGAGCCCGACGCACUACGUCAACGUCGCGCGGCAGCGCGCCGCGGAUCUCGCCGCGGCCGGCGAGCGCGUGCUCUUCGCGAACCAGUUCGACAACCUCGCCAACGUCCGCGCGCACGUCACAGGCACCGCGCGCGAGAUCGGGCGCCAGGCCGCCGCGCUCGGCCGGACCGUCGACGCCUUCGCCAUGGGCGCGGGCACGGGCGGCACCAUCGCCGGCGUGUCCCUGGGCCUCGGCGACGGCCCGCGCAUCUACCUCGCGGACCCGCAGGGCUCGUCGCUCCACGGCCGCGUCCGGCACGGCGUCUGCUACGACGCCCGCCAGGCGGAGCGCUUCGUCGAGCGGCACCGCUACGACACGAUCAUGGACGGCGUCGGUCUCGAUCGGGUCACGGCGAACUUCCGCGCCGCGCGCGUCGACGACGCCUGCCGCGUGUCGGACGCGGACGCGCUGACGAUGGCGCACUACCUCCUCCGCUUCGAGGGCCUCUUCCUGGGAUCGUCGUCGGCGCUCAACUGCGUCGCGGCGCUGCGCGCCGCGGCGGAGCUGCGGAAAGCGCACCCGGACCGCGACGACAUCACGGUGGUGACCGUGCUCUGCGACUCGGGCCACCGCUACCUCAGCCGGUUCUGGAACCGCGCCUUCGUCGAGAAGCGCGGGCUCGAGUGGCCCAGCGCCGACGCCGCGGACCUCGAGCGCGCCGCCGCCGCGCUCCUCGACCGACCGACGGACGAGCCGUCGCUGCUGCUCGGGGGGUCAUAG